GACGGACAGAUGGACUGAUGGCGCCCCCCCCCCCCCACGGUGUACAUCUUCGAGCUGCACAUCGGGAAGGUGGUGAUCGGGGACCGGGGUGACUAUCGCUGCGAGGUGAUGGGCAAGGAGAAGAGCGACAUGUGCACCUUCAACAUCGACGUGGAGGCCCCACGGACGGACGAGAGUGACAAUGUGCUCCAGGCCUUCAAACGGACUGGGGAGGGGAAGGACAACGUGGCCGGGGAGCUGGACUUCAGCGGGUUGCUAAAGAAGAGGGAGGUGCAGGUGGAGGAGAAGAAGAAGAAGAAGAAGGAUGACGAGGAGGACGCCUUCCCCCCCGAGAUCUGGGAGCUGCUCAAGGGGGUGACGAAGAAGAGCGAAUACGAGCGAAUCGCCUUCCAGUACGGGAUCACGGACCUGCGGGGCAUGCUGAAACGCCUCAAGAAGGCCAAGGUGGAGGUCAAGAAGAGCGCAGCCUUCACGAAGAAGCUGGACCCCGCGUACCAGGUGGACAAGGGCAACAAGAUCAAACUGGUGGUGGAGAUCAGCGACCCCGACCUGCCCAUCAAGUGGUACAAGAACGGGCAGGAGCUCAAACCCAGCGCCAAGUGA